AUGCACGUUCUCUCCACCAUCCUGCCUGCUCUGGGCUUGCUAGCCCAUGUAUCUUCCGCCGCAUACACCCUGCGCGAUGACUAUGGUACCUCGGACUCGUUCUUCGACCGGUUCAACUUCUACACAGACAGAGACCCUACCAACGGCUUCGUGAGCUACGUUGAUCGUAACACCGCCGUAGCCAACGGCCUCAUCAACACAGGUAAUGGCGUCUACAUCGGCGUCGACCAUUCCAACACCGCCACCAGUCCUGGCCGCAAGAGUGUCCGCCUGGAGGGUACCACCACCUACAAGCAUGGCCUUGUUAUUCUCGAUCUAGCCCAUAUGCCCGGCAGUGUAUGUGGCAGCUGGCCCGCCUUCUGGAUGCUUGGCUCGAACUGGCCAAACAAUGGCGAAAUCGACAUCAUCGAAGGCGUAAACGAGCAAUUACAAAACCAAGUGGCCCUGCACACCUCCAACGGCUGCACUAUCAACAACAGCGGCUUCACAGGCUCCCUCCUAACACCAAACUGCUACGUCGAAGCCCCUGGCCAAUCCUCAAACAGCGGCUGCACAAUCCAAGACGGAAACACCCAGUCCUACGGCACAGGUUUCAACAACGUCGGCGGCGGCGUCUACGUUACUGAAUGGACCAGUUCAGCCAUCUCAGUCUGGUUCUUCCCUUCCUACGCUGUGCCAGGUGAUAUCUCGUCUGGAAAUCCUAACCCGGCGGCUUGGGGUGCGCCCACGGCUCGCUUUGCCGGUGGCUGUGAUAUCAAUUCGCAUUUCAAUGAUCUGCAAAUCAUCUUUGAUAUUACUUUCUGUGGCGACUGGGCGGGCUCGGUUUGGGGUUCGUCGAGUUGUGCUAGUCGGGCUGGAUCGUGUGUCGACUUCGUGCAGAAUAACCCUUCGGCUUUCCAGGAAACUUACUGGCGGGUGCGCUCGCUGAAGGUUUAUCAGGAUUCGACUAUCAUGGGUGUUCAGGUGGGGGAUGUGGACGAAGAGGUUGAUGUGGUGGAGGUCGAUGUGGAGGUUGAUGCUGGUGGGGAUGACUCGGAGUUGUUUGAGCAUUCUGCCCCUAAAUCCUCUAUGAAGCAUCGUCGCGGACAUCACCGUGUUGGACAUGGUCAUGGUCAUGUUUAG